AUGCUCGCCGAUGCCCUGCGUGCAUUUUACGACACCAACAUCGCUCUGAUCAAUAGUGACGCCAUCUGCUGCGACCGCAUCGUCGACACCAUCAACGGCGCCCCGCUGUGCAUCCGGGACACACUCGAGAAUUCCGUCUCCGACGCGAAUGCAGAUGGACUCUUCCUGCAGCUCUCUGGCUUGCGUUUCACCGUGGACUGGAGCCGACCUUAG